CUCUCCCGUGCAGACUGCCUGCUGAUGCUGGCCUACAAGGACAAGUCGGAUCGUGCUAAGGGCCUGCGGGAGCGUAGCAGCCUGACCCUGGAAGACAUCUGUGGCCUGGAACCCGGCCUGCCCUACGAAGGCCUGGCCCACACUCUGGCCAUCGUCUGCCUGUCCCAGGCAGUCAUGCUGGGCUUCGACAGCCGUGAGGCCAUGUGUGCCUGGGACGCCCGGAUCCGCUACGCCCUCGGCGAGGUGCACAGGUUCCAUGUGACGGUGGCUCCUGGCACCAAGCUGGAGAGCGGCCCAGCCACCCUCCACCUCUGCAAUGACAUCCUCGUCUUGGCCAGGGACGUCCCUCCAGCUGUCACGGGGCAAUGGAAGCUGUCCGACCUCCGGCGCUAUGGGGCCGUGCCAAAUGGAUUUAUCUUCGAAGGCGGGACGAGGUGUGGGUACUGGGCUGGAGUCUUCUUCCUGUCCUCAGCCGAGGGGGACCAGAUCAGCUUCCUGUUUGACUGUAUCGUCAGAGGCAUCUCCCCAACCAAGGGCCCCUUCGGGCUAAGGCCGGUUCUCCCAGACCCAAGCCCUGCAGGCCCCUCGACCUUGGAGGAGCGAGUGGCCCAAGAAGCCCUGGAAGCCCUGCAGCUGGAGAAGCGGCUCAGCCUCCUCUCACACUCAGGCCGGCCAGGCAGUGGAGGAGACGAACGCAGCCUGUCCAGCUCCUCCUCGGAGGCCAGCCACUCGGACAUCAGCGCCAGCAGCCGGCUCACCACGUGGCCAGAGCAGUCCUUGUCCUCAGCCAGCACAUCACAGGAGGGGCCUGGGCUGGCAGCUGCCCAGGUCCCCGGAGAGGCUGCGCUGGGCGCCUCGAGGCCACCACCCAAGGCGCUGCGGCCGCGGCAGCUGCAAGAGGUCGGUCGCCAGAGCUCCUCGGACAGCGGCAUCGCCACGGGCAGCCACUCCUCCUACUCGGGCAGCUUCUCGUCCUACGCCGGCAGGCCCGAGCCCAGCCUGUGCGCGUGUCCACCUGGAGCGGCGGAGUACCAGGUGCCCACCUCCCUGCGGCACCACUACGACACGCCCCGCAGCCUGCGCCAGGCCUCCAGGGACCAAAGCCCGGCCUUGCAGGGCAGCCCGGAUGACAGUGCAGCUGGGGACUCUGGCGGCCAGACGUCUGCUGGGUGUCCCUCCAGUUGGCUGGGAGCAAGACGGCGGGGACAGGUGACAGAGGCCCCAGGCGGCAGUGAGGCCGCGCUGCCCAGCCCAGUCCCCAGCGGCGAGCCCUGGGAAACAGGCGGCCCCCACACUGGGCCACCUCCGGCUUUCUUUUCGGCAUGUCCAGUCUGUGGCGGACUCAAGGGAGCAGCUGCCACGCCCCCUGGACUUGCAACGACACAUCCAGGAUCCCCAGGGCCUGAGGCUGCAGAUAGCCCAGGGCUGGAGAGGCUGCGUGUUGAGACACCUACCUACGUGAACAUCCCUGUCAGUCCCUCCUCCAAAAGGCAGCUGCACUACAUGGGCCUGGAGCUGCAGGAGCCCAGCACAGGGGUCCGAGGGGCUGGUGCCACCCGCUAUGCACAGAUCGACAUCGCGGCCACUGAGACAGCGCACAGGGUCGGAGCCCAGCACGCACAGACACGGGAGGAGCGGUUGUCCGAGCUGGAGCAGAGGAGGAAGGGGACCCCGCAGUGACGCCACUGCGCCAGGCUGGGCCUGGCUGG